UGACGUCAACGCAACGAUUUGACACACACAAAGAAACACAAACGCACACAUCAAAGUUCAGAGUAUAGUUGGACAUGGAGUCGUUUCGCAGACCCCGACCUUCUCUCUCAGCGUUCAGCGUUCUGUUUGUGUUGUUUGUUAACGUGCAGCUGUCUUCAGCGGGAGAAUGCCCUGCAGACGGCCGUACCUGGGUGCCCUAUGGCGGGAGCUGCUACCACUUCGUCCACGGAGAGGAGGACCGGCUGAAGAGCUACUCCUACCAACGCGCCCGGUCCUUGUGUCAGGGCUUCGAGCUGGUGACGAUCCAGAGCCAAGAGGAGAAUGAGUUCAUCCUUAAGUACAGUCCGGAGGUUUGGAAGGGCAACACCAACGUAUGGCUGGGCAUGUAUUACGACACCAGCAGAGGAGACGAGGAGGUCUUCUGCUCCUGGCUCACCCUGUCUGCUGCCCGGUUGUCAGGUGAGCGGAUGAGGUGGUUCGGGGGGCAGGACUCCAGCUAUGCUAACUGGGAACGCGGCUCGGACGACCCCUCAGACCUGGUUCCCGUGGAAACGUGCGUAGCGCUGCACACCAGCACGGGCAAGUGGGAGAAGAUCAGCUGUGUGGACGAGGUGGAGAACGGGGUCAUCUGUGAGACCAGCCAGAAGGAGCUGACCCAGGGCCGACAGAAGCCCAGCAUGGCGCUGACGUUGCUGGUGGUGCUGAGUGUGGUGGUCGUCAUGACGAUCUCCACCAUCAUCUGGUUCCUGCAGCAGAGGCGUCGCCCCGGCGCGGCGCUCUUCACGCCCUUCGAGUACCACCCAACGGUGGGGGGGCCGCACCACGACCGCUCAGGGCUGGUGGAGGCCGAGGAGACGCCCUGACGGAGGCGCCCUGACGGAGGCGCCCUGACGGAGGCGCUGAGUCCGGACCCUUAACCUCCAGAGGCGGAGGUUUUAGAGAGGGGUUGAGUUUUGAGGAGGCAGAACGUUGUGAGUCAUGUGGAGGUCAUGUGGAGGUCAUGUGGAGGUCAUGUGGAGGUCAUGUUGAGGUCGUGGCGUCCACUAAGUGAUGAUGAUGGACCUUCACACGGCAUACAGCAGGGGUGAGACGAGGGGGAGACGGGUUUGUUUCCAAACAUUAAAUCAAUCGGUUGUUUUGUCCAAGACAAAAUUAAGAUUAAAUUAAAUGUAUGCAUAAUGAUGUGAUUAUUAGAGCUGUCAAGCGAUUAAAAUAUUUAAUCGUGAUUAAUCGCAUUAAUGUCAUAGUUAACUCUAAUUAAUCGCGAUUAAUCACAAAUUAUUUUUCUAUGCUAAAUAUCCCUUGAUUUUUUUGUCCCAUAAUUCUUCUCAUUUUAAUUCUCUUAUCAACAUGGUGAAGUGCAUCGGCUUGCCUUGUGCAAAUGAUUUUUACACUUUUAUACACUGAUCAAAACAGGACGAUACAAAAAAAGAGCCUACAGUGCAAUUAAACGACUGCUUUGAACAAAUGUCAUUUGAACAUAGCAGUCAGGCUACUGCUUCUUUGUUUUGAGCCAAAGAAAAAAAAAAAUAUAUAUAUAUAUUUUUUUUUUUAUAAAAUAAUUGCGUUAAUCGCACGAUAAAAAAUUUAACGCCGUUAAAUUUGGUUUGCGUUAACGCCGUUAAUAACGCGUUUAACUGACAGCUCUAGUGAUUAUGUUUGUAUAAUUGUGUGAAAUGUUAGUUUUAUAACUGUUCUAUCCUAUUCAGUAGCACUGAGAAAUUAUGAUUGAUGAGCAUACAUGAUGAUGGUUAUAAAUAUAUAAUGAUUAUAUAAUGCUUGGUCCAUCCUUGUAAAGUAUACUUGGAAUGUACUGUCGCAAGAUAUUGAACUGGUUACUUUGAUGUUACUAGAAAUCCUGACUUUUCAAUCAAGAGAUAUUUAUCAAAAUAAAUAUUCUGAAAUACA